AGAGGGCCAUGAACGGCACCGCGAACCCGCUGCUGGACCGCGAAGAACACGGCCUGAAGCUCGGCGAAAGCUUCGAGAAGAGGCCCAAGUCCUCCUUCCACACCAUCCGCUAUGAUUUUAAGCCAGCAUCUAUAGAUACUUCGUGUGAAGGAGAACUCCAGGUUGGCAAAGGAGAUGAAGUCACAAUUACACUUCCACAUAUUCCUGGAUCAACACCUCCAAUGACUGUGUUCAAAGGAAACAAAAGACCCUAUCAGAAAGACUGUGUUCUCAUCAUUAAUCAUGACACUGGGGAAUAUGUGUUGGAAAAGCUCAGUAGCAGCAUUCAAGUCAAGAAAACAAGAGCUGAAGGAAGCAGCAAAAUCCAGGCCCGAAUGGAGCAGCCCCCUUCUCGAGCACCACCACCUAUACCAUUCAGAGCCCCAAUGAAACCACCAAUUGGACCAAAAACGUCCCCUGUGAAAGAUAACCCUUCACCUGAACCUCAAUUGGAUGACAUUAAGAGAGAGCUGAGAGCAGAGGUUGAAAUCAUUGAGCAGAUGAGCAGCAGCAGCGGGAGCAGCUCCUCAGAUUCUGAGAGCUCUUCAGGCAGCGAUGAUGACAGCUCCAGCAGCGGAGGAGAAGAGCCAGCUGCCCGUGCCUCGCCCUCACAGCCUCCUCACCAGCAGUUCAGUCACAGGAACCCCAUGGCCAACGGCACGAGCCGGCCCUCCGGAAAUCACCAGCUGAUGAACACCCUUCGAAAUGACUUACAAUUGAGUGAAUCUGGCAGUGACAGUGAUGACUAGCGCUAGAACUUCCUACAUCCAUCUCUUUGGUAGGAGAACACGUGGAGGCAGCAGGAUGCUAGCAGAAAGCCCAUCACCAAGGAGAGCGCUUGGGGGAUUAGUGAUCACUAAGGAAUUGGAGGGGGGAUCCAAGCCUUGUCACAGAGCCCGAGCAGGAGUGCUCUUGUAUAUAUUUUGUGAAUAUCUGUUUUAAAAGUUUUACUUAAAUCUCUAGAGUAAAUGACUAAGAGGGUUUUGUUGUUGUUUGGUUAAUGUUGUGGAUGAAAAACCUG